AUGGUCAUGCUUUGUGGGACCCUCGAAGCCUAUCCGUUUUUGUUUUUAAGCACAAUAACGGCAUCUGCAAACUUAUCAUUGAGGAGGAGGAAUAUUAGUCCACGAUCGACAGUUUCUUGUGAAAACCAGUCGUGGGAUUUCUUGAAUUCGGAAAAUUCAGCUGGUAGUGAAGAUAAAUCCGGCAAGAAGGCACCGGGGUCCAGUUCCAAUAGCCAGACAGAGAUAGGAAUGGAAGAGGCGGCGCCACCCAGUAAGAAGAAGCGGGCCGGACGAGGUGGUGUAAGAAAAAAUGGGGAUGGGAUGAUCAUUGGUGAUAAAGGGAAGGAAGAAGAAAGAGGAGCCGGUGAAUCCGAUCAUGAGAUACAUAUAUGGACAGAGAGAGAGAGAAGGAAGAAGAUGAGGAAUAUGUUUACUAAUCUUCAUGCUUUGCUUCCUCACCUUCCUCCUAAGGCCGACAAAUCCAGCAUCGUGGAUGAAGCGGGAAACUACAUCAAAUCCCUAGAGCAAACUCUCCAGAAGCUACAGAAACAGAAGUUAGAAAGGCUCCAAGCUGCUGCGACUGUUGGCUUUGAUCAUGAGUCGUCUGUAAUCGCCUCGCAGAAGCCAGUAUCAUACGACUCGAGCUGGGAUCAGUCCGCAUUGCUCGCUGAUCAAGGAUCUUCAAACAACAUCAUGGCCAUUGCAGCAACUACUUGUUUGAAUAAUUCUUCACAGCUUUCACCUGCCACCUGCAGCUUGCGGUAUCGUAGUACUAGUGGUCCUCAUGUAAACUUUCAAACGUGGACUUCUUCCAAUGUCGUCUUGAACAUAUGCGGUGAGGAAGCCCAAAUAAGUGUGUGCUCGGCUAAGAAGCCAGGCCUCUUGACCACCAUCUGCUAUGUGUUGGAGAAGCAUAAAAUAGAGGUGGUAUCUGCUCAUAUUUCCUCCGAUUGUAACCGGAGCAUCUAUAAUAUUCAAGCACAUGCAAUCAUGUCUGGAGCUUCCAAUGAUCAGUUCCAAGAGACGGCAUUACUCCCUGUGGAAGAAAUAUACAAGCAGGCUGCGGGAGAGAUAAUGUUGUGGGUGUCUCCGUGAUCAUCCUAGCUAGCUCCAUGCAUGGAAACUCCACAUACAAAUUAAGAUCUAGCUUCACAAAUUUGGUGGGGAUGACGACUCAACUUUUCCCGCAAGAUCAGUACAAUUAUUAGCAUGCAGCUAAAUAUUCCAGCCUUCAUUCAUAUAUAUUAUUAUGCUCAUAGCUGUGGGCAGGGGACUAGCG